AUGAGGUUGUACCAGUUAUUAACAUUCCAGAUAGCUCAACCGGUGAUUUUCGAAGAUGCCGAACGUUACUGUGAAGUGCUUGGUGGCAAUCUGGCAUCAUUUUCUUCUGUGGAGCAGUUUAAACGCGUACAAACAGUGUUUCCGGGAACAAAAUGGUGGAUAGGGCUGAAACAAGUGAAUGAGGAAUGGGGAUGGGUAGAUUCACAAACUGUUGAUUAUAAUACGUGGGGCAGUUACGGAUUAACGCAAGAAAUUAUUAGUACUCAAAAGUGCAUUUGUGCUACUGAGCGUGGUAAAUGGGAACGAGUCAGCUGUGAAUUGGAAUUAGCCUCUGUUUGCCGACUUAAUCGUAUAACAAAUGAAGUAAAACAUAAACAACUAAUCAGAAAAUUACAGGGGGUUGAAAGAGUAGAAUAUGAGACUGCUCGGAAUUAUUGCAUUGCCAAGGGAGCAGAGUUAGUGCAUGUCGCUUCUUCUAACGAGCAGGAAUUCCUUAACGACCUUUCCGAUUUCCAUCCGUUCUGGCUCUCACUGAUUCUUCAUUCGGGAGAAUGGGUAUGGCAGUUUGGAGAACAAGUAACAUUUUUGAAUUGGAAAAAGGGUCAACCGGAUCAGUGCUGCCCAAAAAAAGAAGCUACUCACGCAGCUAGUGAAAGUGGAGUAUGGAGUGAUACCUCGCCUCUGUCUAAAGCUGCUGUGAUCUGCAAGUACAGAAAAUCAGCCCUUUACAAGAACAAAAUCGUUUUGGAACCAGACAAAGGGGCAGUUGCGAAAAGAAUUGUUUGGUCGGAAACGGAAAAAUUGCUUGCAAUCGAUGUGAGCCCGAUGUAUAUAAUUGUAGGAGUACUUGCAAUCUCAGUAGCACUAAUUUCAUUGGCUAUUUUUUGUAAGCAAAGAUCUCUAACAAUGCAGUACGUACAAUACGCAGAAGUUCCAAGGUACGAUGAAGUCUAUUUUGGACGAUACUGA